CUCAGUUGCAGUUAAGGCUUUGGAUAGCGCGCGCUCAGCCAGCUUGGCAAACCUAUCAUCUUCCAUCAGAGCGGACAAAUUGAAAUUUGCGGCGCAAAGAUGGUACACGAAAUUCUCACGGUCAAUUCGAGAAAAUAAAUAAUUGUGAUGAUACGUAUCUCGGAAUACUGUGAUAGUGGUCGUUUGAAAUUUGUAUAACUUAUCAUUUCCCAUCUUAUGAAUCGAGUUGCAGACGGUAAACGUAUUAUAUUUAAGUGGCUAAUAAGAACGAAUUCAAUUGUAAAGUGACGUCACGUGGUCUUCCGGUCUGGAAGGAUGCACUUCUGAUGCCACUGCGUAUAAAAGAACCAACGAAAACUUUGAGAACACACUCAAGUAUUUUUCGAGUACAAUUUGGUCGAGCACUAUCCAGUUCUGACAAGUCGUUUUCGACUACUGGCUCGAACUAAUUUUAUUUGAGGCCACUAGUUGAAUAUUUCUUGGAAAAUCUUGCAAUUAAUACUUUUCUUGAUAAUGUGGAUGUACCUUAGUAUUCUUAGUAGUGUAUUGGCUGUGACAGUGGGAUUUCCACAUAGAGAUAAUGGAUAUAUGUGCCAUGGUUUUCCAGACAGAGGACCUUGCAAUAAGGAAAUCUCCAAAUGGACCUUUGACCAAAAUAGCAAGACUUGUGUUUUAUUUGUAUGGAGUGGAUGUGGAGGAAAUGAAUACAAUAGGUUCAAUACAGAAAUAGAAUGUUUGAGGAGGUGCGCUUUCUUCAAACCUGCUUCCUUGGUCUCUAACACUUCCUUCGUAUCGAAAGAAAGCAGAGGCCCUUCGUUAACUUUUCAAGAGACUGGAAAUCAAAAUACAUUCAUGUUUGCCCAAUCGAAUACUUUCAUUCAGAUUGAUGGAGAUAUAAUUCAGACUUUUCAACUCAGGCUGUGCAGGCAGAUUUCCUUCCAGUUUAGAACACGAUUGCCUCAUGGUUUGCUAGCUUAUCACAAUGUCAAAGUUCCUGCUGGGGUCUCUCUCCAACCUUACGCUUUGUAUAUAAUAGUUCAGCAGGGACAGUUGAAGGUGGUACAUGUUUAUGGAAAACACUCUACAGCUCUUACUGUUGGUCGUGGCUUGAACAGGGAUGAAUGGCAUUCUGUUACGGUUCGCAUAGACGUUCAUGGGGCUAGGUUGGCCGCAACAGUCGAUAACAUCAAAGAAGAAACUGAUCUGCAGGGUCUAGACAAGGAAAAUAAUUAUGGUGUAGCUGCAAAUGUGACAUCGGUUAUUUUAAUUGGAGGUCUGAGUUCCGAAGAGCGCCUCCAUGGAGUUAAGUACAUCAUUGAAUCUUUCGUUGGUUGUAUAAAAGAUGUGAUACUCAGCACUGGCAAAUCUGCUUCCGAUCUGCUACCCAUAACACCCUUAAUAGCCACCAAACACGAGAAUGUACAAGAGGGUUGCAUCAACAAAUGCCAUACGUCAGAAAAUUUGUGCUUCAGAUCUUCAAGAUGCAUAAAUCAUUAUAACACUUUAACAUGCGACUGCUUUGGUUCGCAUUACGAAGGAGAAUACUGUGACAUGUUCACUGCGACUAUUCUGACCCUUCGUGGAUCUUCCUACGUAUCAUACAGAGUAUAUGACUGGAAAGACAGGGUCCAUUCUUCAGUUAACAGAUUUUCCAUGAUCUUCAAGACGAGAUUCGAUGAUUCCGCCCUGUUUUACGCAGCAGGUGGUGAGACAGGCAUCGACCACUACAUAGCCGCAUCUAUUUUCAACGAUUCAGUUUACGUAGAAGUAGACUUUGGAGAAGAAGCUAUGACAACCAUACUUGGGAGGACAUCCAGUUUCAAACUGAACCAAUGGAACAACCUAACCAUAUUUCACGAGAACGAAAGGAUACACCUAAUACUAAAUGAGGAAAUUGUAUCUUUAGAUAUCAAGGGAAAUCCACUUUUGUACAUCGAUCCAGAAAUUUAUAUUGGAGGUGGACCAGAACUUCAGAAGAAAAAAGGACUUUGGUCUAGAAAUAACUUUGUUGGUUCUCUAAAAUACGUGUUCUACAACGAUAUCUCUAUAAUUUACGAAUUGGACAAGGGAAAUCCUAAGGUGCACUACAUAGGCAUCCUACAGCCUGAGUUUUAUGAGGCUGACGUUACAGAGAUACCCAUCACAUUUCCAUUCUCAUCCUCGCACAUUUGGUGGCCAAACAAUUUCACCGAUAGCUUGACUCUUGCGUUCCACUUCAAGAGCAGCACCAACCUAAGCGUUUUAGCCUCCAGCGAAUCUCAGUCAGGUCUCUAUUGGGAGAUAAGGGUGGUUAACGACGAAGUAAGAUUCGAGUUGGCUGAUAACAUCCAGAAUACGACACAUCUGAUCAGCGUGAAGAAAACGCCUGGAAUAUGGCAUAUUCUCAGCUUGAUAUACAGAAAUGAAGAGGUGUAUCUAAGGGUCGAUAAUAACGAGAAGAGGGAGAAGUUGGGGCCUGUUAAAUUUGCUAUUGGUGAUAAGAUCAAAGCUGCUAGUGGAUCUCGAAGCAACUCUGGUUUUGUUGGUUGUAUGAGAGAUAUAAUCAUCAAUGAUGAUGAGUUAGAACCUAGGUCUAUAUUGCAAUCUGAAAGGACUGUUGGAGAGGUGACCUUGGAUAACUGUAAGUUCGUGGACCCUUGCCAAAGACCCAACACUUGUGAACAUGGUGGGAAGUGUUCUGUGAAAGAUGAUAGGUUGAUCUGUGAUUGUAAAGAUACAGGAUAUAUUGGAACAAAUUGUCAUUUCACCAAAUACAGGAAGACUUGCGAGGAGUUGGCUUUAUUAGGAUACACCAAACCAGACGUAUAUCUGAUCGACAUAGAUGGAAAUGGGCGUUUUCCACCAGCUCACGUCAGAUGCGAAUUCCAAAGUCUUGAGGAUUCCACGAAAACCAUCGUGGAGCACAAUCUGCAGAGCCAGACCGAUGUUAGAACUGCCACAGAUGACGAUUUCACUAUGAGUAUUAAAUAUAGGGAAUUCACAGCAGACAUGCUUCAAGAACUCGUAUCCCAUUCUUUGAAUUGUAGUCAAUAUAUUCGCUACGACUGUUUGAAAGCCCCGUUGGAACUGCACACAUCCACGUGGUUCAUCAGCUCUGCCAAUCAGACUGUGGAUUAUAUUGGGGAAGUUAGAAGAGGGACCUGUCCUUGUUCUGUUGGAAAACAAUGUAACAAACCGACGCAAUGGUGCAACUGCGAUGAUCUUGAUCAAGAUAAGUGGGGAACUGACGAUGGAUAUUUCACCAAUGCUAAUAGCUUGGGCAUAACAGAUAUGGUGUUUCUUCAGCAACCAUACUUGACAGCUGAUGCGCUGGGUCGGAUUACUUUGGGUCCUUUGGAAUGUGUUGAAACAAAUACUCAGCGAUACGUUGUCACCUUCACCACCAGCCAAUCUUACAUCGAAGUCCCUGGAUGGAGAAAGGGAGAUCUGGCCUUCUCCUUCCGAACAACUGGCAAGAAGGCCAUCCUCCUCUACCAGCCACCCAUUCGUCCGAACUACCCUAGUUUCAUGGUAGCAGUGACAGGCGAUUUUCAGUUAACCUUCAACUUCACCCUCAACACCGGCGUCUCCAAAGGCAUAGUUAUAGUGUCGGAAAGGAAGCUAAACGGUGGCGAAUGGCACAAACUAUGGAUUGACUACAAUAAGUACCAUGUGAGAUUUAUGAUCAAUGAGGAAUCGCAAAUGGAAAACUUGAAGCCCGAAGAAGAGUUCGGUCCAUUCGAAGGUUCGAUGUUUAUUGGGGGUGCCCCCUCAGACUUAUUGGAUGCCAAAUCCUCUGUGCAACAAGGCCUGAUUGGAUGCUUUCGGGGUUUGGUGGUUAACGAAGAAAUCCUGGAUAUCUACAGCUACAUGAGCGUUCAUCUAAGUGAAAUCAUCAAAGAUUGCAAGCCUUCCUGCAACCCUAACCCUUGCUUGAAUCAAGCGCAGUGCAAGGAGCUCUGGAGCACUUUUGAAUGCAUCUGUCCGAAUCCUUGGGCUUACAAGGGACCUCUAUGUGAAACUAAUAUAAACACCAACGCACUUACUUUCGUGAAGCCGGAUUCUUUCGUCAGAAGAAACUAUCUUACCUCCGGUGAAAAGUUGGAGAAAAACGAGGAGGAAACAGCACUCAGGAAUAUUUUCACUCAUCAAAUCCUCCUGAAUCUCAGAACCUACGAUAACACUGCGUUGAUCUUGUACGCCAACGAUCAUCUGAAUAAUUUUGUUCACCUAUAUAUCGAUAAUGGGACCCAGGUGGUUUAUUUAUUCAAUUACAACAAUACUAUACAUAACGUGACCGUGGAUUACGCAGAAUUGAACACGAGUAGAUCGGUACAGAUUGCAAUAGAGAGAGGAAAAAACUGGACCACCGUACAUGUGAACGAUAAGAAUUAUUCGAUUCCUGUUGGGGUGUUAUUACUCCAGAAUUAUUCCAAUAAACCGUGGAGUAAUCCAGAGAUGGAAGUGUUAGCUCCCCAACGUCCUAUAGCUCCCCCAACAGAGUAUUUCCAAUUGAAUCUGGGUGGAUUCGAUCCUGAAACACUGUUGAAGGUAUCUGAAUAUCCAGCGGUCCUUCCUGGCUAUGUAGGAUGUAUUCGAGGAUUACAAAUUGGCGAAAAUCUCAUCGACUUGCUUUCGAAAAUUGACGAAAAUGAAUCAGGAGUCAAAGCCAACUGCAGCAUGAAGUGCGAUUCUUUACCUUGCCAGAACGGUGGAAUCUGCAUCGAGGACUUCAGGAAUCAGGAACACACUUGCGACUGCGAACAUACCAGUUAUUACGGGGAAUUUUGUUCAGACGAAAAGGGGGCAGACUUCAGUGGAGAUUCGAUACUAUGGAGGGAAUAUGUUUUGAACGGGUCUGUCGAUCAUGUGAAGAUACAGUUGGCAUUUUCCAGUACUGAUAAUAAUAGGAAAUAUGCAGCCCUUCUACUCCUCCAAACGGAAAAUAAUCGCAGUUAUUACCUGUUGGUUGGAUUGAGCCCUGAAGGGUACUUGAUCUUCCAAGAGGACAGGGAGGGUGAGGUGUAUUCUGCCACGGUUCACGGUAAAAGCUUCAUCAACGGUGCUCGGCAUUCAGUGUACUAUAAAAGGGAUUUCGACGACUACGAACUUAUGGUUGAUAAGGAGGUCAUAACUAUGAACAAGGUGGAUCCUCAAAGUUUCACCAACGUGCCCGAAAUGGGGGCUAACGAGGUGCAGAUUGGGGGCCACAAUACCAGCGAUCCCAGAUUUGCCACCUACAAGAGGUACAGUGGCUGCUUGUCAAAUAUAGUUAUCGAAGUAAAUGAACAUCUCAUGAAACCGUUAGAAGAGUACAUGUUAUUCACAAAAACAGGGGCUGAAAAGGUGAACGUGUCCAAUUCACAGGGGGUGCGAAGUGCCCAAUGCAGCCCCCACUUCGACGAUUACCAUGAAAAACUACCCGGUACACCCAACUUGAAUAUAAGUCAGGGCAAGGAUAAAACUUGGGUAGAAGAUGCUCCUCAUAAAGUCCUGUACACUUCUUUGUAUUCGGCAGAGACAGAAGAAGAAGAGGAUGCAGGACAGUUGGUUGUGAUGAUAUUAUCCAUAUUUUUCGUUGUCGUACUUGUUUGUUUAGCGUAUGAAUUAUACAGGACUGAUCGUCAGUAUAAGUUGAAGAAGGAAUAUGAAACCGAUGCAAGUAUUAUAUGGUCUAAGGAACAAGCGGCUAUUCUUCAAGAAACUAAUAGAAAGGUUAGCGGAGAAAUAGAUGCAGCAGUAACCAAACAAAUUUUGCUGAACGGCAAGGUAGCAAAUAACGCGAAAAAUGGCAUAUCAAAGACAGACGACAACGAGAAUAGAAAAGAUGCGAUCCCGAUCAUAGUGGAAGUCCCUUCUGAGGAUGUCCCCAAAAGAAAGUUGAAAAGGGUGGAUAGCAAACGAGAAAAGAGGAUCAGUUUCAGAGACAGUGCUAGUGAAUUGGCCUGGGAUACACCAGAGGAGAACGAUAACCUGCUCACGACUAUGGUCGAAGAAGAGGAAGAUGUGGAAGAGUCUGAUUCUGAGAACUCAGUUCCAGUUUCAACCCAGACUCGUUCAAGACUCAGGAGUCCACCACCAAAAAGGAAUACACUGGCCAAACCAUCCACAUAUACGAUUAGCGAAAGUGAAAGCAUAGAAUCCAUAAGCUGAGAAUAGAGCAGAGGAAGAAGAUCCCAGAAUCAUUACACCAUAUUCACCCUGAUCAAUUUUCUCCUCCAUUUCUUCAAAUCUGAUAUGGUUAUAUGAAUGAAAGGAAAUAAAUAUAAUCAGAUUGUU